CCCGGCCUCGGCGCGGGGAUGGACGGCCCCGGGGCCAGCGCCGUGGUCGUGCGCGUCGGCAUCCCGGACCUGCAGCAGACGAAGUGCCUGCGCCUGGACCCGGCCGCGCCCGUGUGGGCCGCCAAGCAGCGCGUGCUCUGCGCCCUCAACCACAGUCUCCAGGACGCGCUCAACUACGGGCUCUUCCAGCCGCCCUCCAGGGGCCGCGCCGGCAAGUUCCUGGAUGAGGAGCGGCUCUUGCAGGAGUACCCGCCCAACCUGGACACGCCCCUGCCCUACCUGGAGUUUCGAUACAAGCGUCGAGUUUAUGCCCAGAACCUCAUUGAUGAUAAGCAGUUUGCAAAGCUUCACACCAAGGCGAAUCUGAAGAAGUUCAUGGACUAUGUCCAACUGCACAGCACGGACAAGGUGGCCCGCCUGCUGGACAAGGGGCUGGACCCCAAUUUCCAUGACCCUGACUCUGGAGAGUGCCCCCUGAGCCUCGCAGCCCAGCUGGACAAUGCCACGGACCUGCUGAAGGUGCUGAGGAACGGUGGUGCCCACCUGGACUUCCGUACUCGAGAUGGGCUAACCGCCGUGCACUGUGCCACGCGCCAGCGGAACGCGGCAGCGUUGACGACCCUGCUGGACCUGGGGGCGUCGCCCGACUACAAGGACAGCCGCGGCCUGACACCCCUGUACCACAGCGCCCUGGGGGGUGGGGAUGCCCUCUGCUGUGAGCUGCUUCUCCACGACCAUGCUCAGCUGGGGACCACCGAUGAGAACGGCUGGCAGGAGAUCCACCAGGCCUGCCGCUUUGGGCACGUGCAGCACCUGGAGCACCUGCUAUUCUAUGGGGCCAACAUGGGCGCCCAGAACGCCUCGGGGAACACAGCCCUGCACAUCUGUGCCCUCUACAACCAGGAAAGCUGUGCUCGUGUCCUGCUUUUCCGUGGAGCCAACAAAGAUGUCCGCAAUUACAACAGCCAGACGGCUUUCCAGGUAGCCAUCAUUGCGGGGAACUUUGAGCUUGCCGAAGUCAUCAAGACCCACAAGGACUCGGAUGUCGUACCCUUCAGGGAAACCCCCAGCUAUGCAAAGCGGCGGCGUCUGGCUGGCCCCAGUGGCUUGGCGUCCCCUCGGCCUCUGCAGCGCUCUGCCAGCGACAUCAACCUGAAGGGGGAGGUGCAGCCGGCAGCUUCUCCGGGACCCUCGCUGAGAAGCCUCCCUCACCAAUUGCUGCUUCAGCGGCUGCAGGAGGAGAAAGAUCGUGACCGGGAUGGUGACCAGGAGAGUGACAUCGUUGGUGGCCCCUUGUCAGGCAGGGGCAGCCAGAGCAAGAUCAGGUCGGGGCAGUGGUUUGGCGAUGGUGGCCAGCACGGAGUGGGCACGGGCGGCAGAGUGCUCAGCGUUGGGGAGGGCGGUUUCUGGGAGGGAACCGUGAAAGGCCGCACAGGCUGGUUCCCGGCAGACUGCGUGGAGGAGGUUCAGAUGAGACAGUAUGACACCCGGCAUGAGACCCGGGAGGACCGGACGAAGCGGCUGUUUCGCCACUACACAGUGGGCUCCUAUGACAGCCUCACGUCACACAGCGAUUAUGUCAUUGACGACAAAGUGGCUGUCCUGCAGAAACGGGACCAUGAGGGCUUUGGCUUUGUGCUCCGCGGAGCCAAAGCGGAGACCCCCAUCGAGGAGUUCACUCCCACGCCGGCCUUCCCCGCGCUGCAGUAUCUGGAGUCCGUGGACGUGGAAGGUGUGGCCUGGAGGGCUGGGCUGCGCACGGGAGACUUCCUCAUCGAGGUGAACGGAGUAAACGUGGUAAAGGUCGGACACAAGCAGGUGGUGGCUCUGAUUCGCCAGGGUGGCAACCGCCUUGUCAUGAAGGUUGUGUCCGUGACAAGGAAGCCGGAAGAGGAUGGGGCUCGGCGCAGAGCCCCGCCGCCCCCCAAGAGGGCUCCCAGCACCACACUGACACUGCGCUCCAAGUCCAUGACGGCUGAGCUUGAGGAACUCGAGAAGCUGGAUGAGAUCCUGGCAGCUGCUGCGGAGCCAACGCUGAGGCCGGACAUCGCGGACGCCGACUCCAGAGCUGCCACUGUCAAGCAGCGGCCCACCAGUCGGAGGAUCACCCCUGCCGAGAUAAGCUCAUUGUUUGAGCGCCAGGGGCUCGCAGGCCCAGAGAAGCUGCCGGGCUCCUUGCGGAAGGGGAUUCCACGGACCAAGUCUGUAGGGGAGGACGAGAAGCUGGCGUCCCUGCUGGAAGGGCGCUUUCCGCGGAGCAGUUCGAUGCAGGACACGGUGCGCGAGGGCCGUGGCAUCCCGCCCCCGCCGCAGACCGCGCCGCCACCCCCGCCUGCGCCCUACUACUUCGACUCGGGGCCGCCCCCGGCCUUCUCGCCGCCGCCCCCGCCUGGCCGUGCCUACGACACGGUGCGCUCCAGCUUCAAGCCCGGCCUGGAGGCGCGCCUGGGCGCGGGGGCCGCCGGCCUGUAUGAGCCAGGCGCACCCCUUGGCCCACUGCCCUAUCCCGAGCGGCAGAAGCGCGCGCGCUCCAUGAUCAUCCUGCAGGACUCGGCGCCCGAGACGGGCGACGUCCCCCGGCCCCCGCCCGCAGCCACCCCGCCAGAACGACCUAAGCGACGGCCGCGGCCGCCAGGCCCUGACAGCCCCUACGCCAACCUGGGCGCCUUUAGUGCCAGCCUCUUCGCACCAUCCAAACCGCAGCGCCGCAAGAGCCCACUGGUGAAGCAGCUGCAGGUGGAGGACGCGCAGGAGCGCGCGGCCCUGGCUGUGGGUAGUCCUGGCCCGGUCGGCGGCAGCUUCGCCCGUGAGCCCUCCCCGACGCACCGGGGCCCCCGCCCGGGCGGCCUCGACUACGGCGCAGGGGACGGCCCCGGGCUUGCCUUCGGUGGCCCAGGCCCGGCCAAGGACCGGCGGCUGGAGGAGCGGCGCCGCUCCACUGUGUUCCUGUCGGUGGGCGCCAUCGAGGGCAGCCCCCCCAGCGCGGAGCUGCCGUCGCUACAGCCCUCCCGCUCCAUCGACGAGCGCCUCCUGGGCACUGGCCCCACUGCUGGACGAGAUCUGCUGCUACCCUCCCCUGUCUCUGCUCUGAAGCCAUUGGUCAGCGGCCCCAGCCUCGGGCCCUCGGGCUCCACCUUCAUCCACCCACUCACCGGCAAACCCCUGGACCCCAGCUCACCCCUGGCCCUUGCCCUCGCUGCCCGGGAGCGAGCUCUGGCCUCCCAGACGCCCUCCCGGUCCCCCACACCUGUGCACAGUCCUGAUGCUGACCGCCCCGGACCCCUGUUUGUGGAUGUACAGGCCCGGGACUCAGAGCGAGGGACCCUGGCCUCCCCAGCCUUUUCCCCCCGGAGCCCGGCCUGGAUUCCUGUGCCUGCUCGCAGGGAGGCAGAGAAGGCUCCCCGGGAGGAGCGGAAGUCACCUGAGGACAAGAAGUCCAUGAUCCUCAGCGUCUUGGACACGUCCCUGCAGCGACCAGCUGGCCUCAUUGUUGUGCAUGCCACCAGCAAUGGGCAGGAGCCCAGCAGGCUGGGGGCUGAAGAGGAGCGCCCGGGCACCCCGGAGCUGGCCCCAGCCCCCAUGCAGUCAGCGGCCGUGGCAGAGCCCCUGCCCAGCCCCCGGGCCCAGCCCCCUGGCAGCACCCCAGCAGACUCCGGGCCAGGCCAGGGCAGCUCAGAGGAAGAGCCAGAGCUGGUGUUCGCUGUGAAUCUGCCGCCCGCCCAGCUGUCCUCCAGUGAUGAGGAGACCAGGGAAGAGCUGGCCCGCAUUGGGCUGGUGCCGCCCCCUGAAGAGUUUGCCAACGGGAUCCUGCUGGCCACUCCACUCACCGGCCCGGGCCCCUCACCCACCACGGUGCCCAGCCCGGCCUCAGGGAAGCCCAGCAGUGAGCCACCCCCUGCCCCAGAGUCUGCAGCCGACUCUGGGGUAGAGGAAGCUGACACACGCAGCUCCAGUGACCCCCACCUGGAGACCACAAGCACCAUCUCCACGGUGUCCAGCAUGUCCACCCUGAGCUCCGAGAGCGGGGAACUCACCGACACCCACACCUCCUUCGCCGACGGACACACUUUUCUACUCGAGAAGCCACCAGUGCCUCCCAAGCCCAAGCUCAAGUCCCCGCUGGGGAAGGGGCCGGUGACCUUCAGGGACCCGCUGCUGAAGCAGUCCUCGGACAGCGAGCUCAUGGCCCAGCAGCACCAUGCCGCCUCUGCCGGGCUGGCCUCUGCCGCUGGGCCUGCCCGCCCUCGCUACCUCUUCCAGAGAAGGUCCAAGCUGUGGGGGGACCCCGUGGAGAGCCGGGGGCUCCCUGGGCCUGAAGACGACAAACCGACUGUGAUCAGUGAGCUCAGCUCCCGCCUGCAGCAGCUGAACAAAGACACGCGCUCCCUGGGGGAGGAACCGGUUGGUGGCCUGGGUGGCCUGCUGGACCCUGCCAAGAAGUCGCCCAUCGCAGCAGCUCGGCUCUUCAGCAGCCUCAGUGAGCUGAGCACCACCUCAGCGCAGCGCAGCCCCGGGGGCCCGGGCAGCGGGGCCGCCUACUCGGUGAGGCCUAGCGGCCGCUACCCCUUAGCGCGACGCGCCCCGAGCCCGGUGAAGCCCGCGUCGCUGGAGCGGGUGGAGGGGCUGGGGGCGGGCGCGGGGGGCGCGGGGCGGCCCUUCGGCCUCACGCCCCCCACCAUCCUCAAGUCGUCCAGCCUCUCCAUCCCGCACGAGCCCAAGGAGGUGCGCUUCGUGGUGCGCAGCGUGAGCGCGCGCAGCCGCUCCCCCUCGCCGUCACCGCUGCCCUCGCCUGCGUCCGGCCCUGGCCCCGGCGCCCCCGGCCCGCGCCGGCCCUUCCAGCAGAAGCCGCUGCAGCUCUGGAGCAAGUUCGACGUUGGCGACUGGCUGGAGAGCAUCCACCUGGGCGAGCACCGCGACCGCUUCGAGGACCACGAGAUAGAAGGCGCGCACCUACCCGCGCUCACCAAGGACGACUUCGUGGAGCUGGGCGUCACGCGCGUGGGCCACCGCAUGAACAUCGAGCGCGCGCUCAGGCAGCUGGAAGGCAGCUGACGCCCCACCCCCGCUCCCGCCCCGGCCGCGCCCUGCCGGCAGGGCCCCCAUCCCCACCCCGGGCCGCGGGCUCGGCCCGCCCCCUACGACGGCGCCCGGGCCAGGAAUGUUGCAUGAAUCGUCCUGUUUGCCGUUGCUCGGAGACUUGCCCUGUACAUUGCUUAGUGCCCUCCCCGGCUGCCCGGCCCCACCCAGCACACAGUCAGGAAGGGCGUGGACCAGGGAGGUUGGGGCGGGAGGGGGCGGGGGUGCUCUAGCGGACCACCUCCGUCGCGGCUCCCGGUGGCCAUUCUCCUGGAGGGGAACCUAGUCCAGCAUGCGAGGUCAGGACACGCCUUGGUGACUCGGGGGGAGGGGGGAGACACUGGGGUUCUCGACGGGGGCCAAGGAGCCCCCUGUUUUGCAUAUUUUAAUCCACUCUAUAUUUGGAACGAGAAAAGGAACAAAUAUCUCUGUCCGUUAUAGUUUCCGCUCCCCUCCCCGUCACCCCCCCACUGGUCCUGCUGCAGCUGCCCAGUCUUCCAUCUCUGGCCCCUCACUGCCACCCCACACGGGGCAGGGGACGCUCCAGCUGGUCUGGGGUUGGCCAGGGUCCUAGUGGCCCGCCCUGGGGCCCCAGCUCGGCCCCCUCCCCUCGCUGAGCUGUAGUGUGCCCCACCGACCUUUCAGGUGCUGCUCGUGGGCGGAGGGGCGGCAGGCAGGGGGUCCUGCUGGGCGCCAGCAGGAUCAGGUGCCUGGGAGACCGUCACCCCGGGGCCGGGGCAGGGCCCUGACGCUCCGCUGCAGCCAUCUUCCUCACAGGGUCUCUCGCCUAGGAGGGGUCCGGUCUGGUCCCCACGCUCUUGGGCAACUACAGCAGAGAAGCCUCCCUGCCUUGGACCCCAAAGCCGCCUGUUCCUGCGCUGUGUGUGUGGGCGACUCUGGGUGCGACUGAGCACACGGAACCGUGUGUGCCUGACGGUGGAGCGGCCCCAGGGCCGCUCUGGACUGAUGUGGGGCUGUGGAGGCUCAGGGUGGUGCACGGGUGUGUGCCUGCGGCAGCACCCUGUCGUCUCUUCCAAAGAAAGUCAGAGGCCACCCUGCACUUGGGCCCUGCUGUUUGCCUGCCCUCCAGAGCCUCCCCCAGCCUGAGCGGGGUCCCAGGUGAAUCCCUGCUGCUUCGGGAGGGAAGCAGUGCCCCCCUUGGGCUUCUGAGGGGGCCACAGGGAGACCCCUAGAGUCAGGCCACUGCAGGCCCUGGGGAGAGUCAAAGACCCCGAGGGUGCCCAGCCCCCCUUACUGUGACUCCUCACACUCAGCAAUGACCUGUGGGGUGGGGGGCCCUGGGACGUUUUUAAACCUAGGGUUUGGAGUCUGGACUAAGCUCCAUCCACGUCACUCACAAGUUUCUGUUUAUAUUUCUAGCUUUUUUUAAUAAAAAAAAAAAAAAAGACAGAAAACAGAAGUUUUCACAGCCCAGGGGCCUGGCACGCCGGUCUGUGCCCACCGCCCUGCCCCGGCCCACCGGCCCCACUCCCUGGGCGCAGACACACCCACGACCCUUCCACCAACAGUCCAGGUCACGCAGCAGCAGUCACUGUAACAGACUGCCACAUACACACUCGGUCUCACACUCACCUGUGGGUUUUCGGUUCCGUUCAAUUUGGGUUUUUAACUUUACAGGGUCAGUUCUGCUUCACCCCUCCUUUUGUACGGAGUUCCAUCAGGGGAUUUCACCCCCUGCUCCAGUCCUGAGGCCUCCUGACCCUGACGUUGUGAUACACCCCACAGAGAUCUAUGUUUCUUAUAUUAUUAUUAUUGAUAAUAAUUAUUAUAAUAUUAUUAUGUAAUAAAUUUAUAAGAAAUGAAA